ACUAAUUAAAAUAAAAAGAGAAUAGAAUAACUAAGUAAAAUCCAUUCUGUUAUCAUAUUUUGAAACACAAAAUUAUUAAAAUAGAAAAAUCUCUAUAAAUUUAGAAACAUUGUAAAAGAUAUAAAAUUAUGCCAAGGAAAAGAUAUUUUUGAAAGGAUGAAUUAUCUCUAUCAGGCAAGUCACUUAAUGGCAUUAAAAAAUCGAGUAGCAGCAUCAUGUUAUGGUAAUAUGAUGGUAGGAUGUGCAAAAAAAUCAGUAUUGCGAAUAGAAUCUGAUAUUAAGAAAACGAUUUGUAAGUGCUGUCAGUCCCCACUUAUACCCGGUGAAACAGCAAAAGUGCGAUUAAUGUCAAAACCUGUAAAAGGAGUAAAAUGGACAUGUCUAAUUUGUUUAAGUGUAAAAAGAUAUCCUACCAAAAAGGGAUAUAAACUAUGGACAGAACAAGAGAAUUCGGUAGUUCAGAUUUAUAAUUAUGCACCAAAAUUAAAAGACAUUGAUAGCGAUUUUAACGCUAAGAUAAAGGAAAGUGUUUCAGAUGAAGAUAAGUGUGUUUAUACAGAAGAAACUAAGUAAAUACACAGAAUUGAAUAUUUAUUUCCACAUGAUGUUAGAUGUGAUGUAUGUUGACGUAUGAAUAAUUCUUUCCAAUGAUUUACAUAAAAUAUGUUACAAUAAAUUUAUAAUCAAUAAACAGGUAUUUUUACGAACUGGAAUAUUAAUAACCAUCUAAUAAUGUCAUGAUACUGAUAUUAGUUUUACAUUAAAUGCUCAUAGACAUAACAUGAUCAUAGUUAAGUUAUUAUUUUCCAUCGGGUACAUGAUAUAUUAUGAUGAGAACCGUUUGCAGUCAAUUUCUUAGACCCCAAUGCACAUGUUUCGUUGAGGACGGUUUAGGUGAUGAGAAAUGAGGUGGCCCUUAUAAAGAAUGUGGAAUGUUUAUAUUCACACAUAACAUGAAAACUGAGUGCAAACGAUUCCAUUUUAACUAGCUAUGAUAUGACUAUAUCCGCCCAUCGCUAAUGUCUUGUACAAAACCCGAAAUGCAAGUCAACAAUCACAUACAUACGCGGGCGUAAUCAAAUCACAGUUUUAUCGGAUAAAAAUCAGUUCUUUAAUCCUAACUUAAAUAAAUAUGUAACGAAUAAUAUUGUAAACAACAAUUACAUGCGAACGUAUGAUAUAUGUUGAUAUUUCGAUUCGAAAUUUUCUUAUUACGAGUAUCGUUAAGGCAGAGAUUGAAAUAUGUCUCAAGAAGAGUCUCCUUUAAUUUUCGAAUGUUUGUUGCAGCUGAAUGAAAUUAAUUUUUAAGGAUGUGGUUUAAUCAUAGAGUGAAGUUUAGGCUUUAAAUUACCGAUCCUUGAGAAUUUGGUCUACAGAAGUAAGAUGUUUUUCUGUCGUGGAUCAAUACAUUUAAGUUACAUUUAUAGAAAUUCUGUAAUGGUAGUUUGAAUCUUAUUCAAAUUUCAUUUUUAUGAUUAUC